AUGAAGACAUUAUUUGUGCUUGUGCUCUCCUUUACCUUGCUGACUUCCUUCUCAGGGGCCUCCCCGAUUCUGACGGAAAAGCAGGCCAAACCGCUCCUGAGAUCCCGGCGCCAGGACAGGCCAAGCGAGCCUGGGUUCCCGGAUGAGCCCAUGCGGGAGUACAUGCACCACCUGCUCCACCUGGAGCAUCGCGCUGAGGAGCAGUUCCUGGAACACUGGCUGAACCCUCACUGCAAGCCCCACUGCGACAGGAACGUGGUCCACCCAGUGUAA